GAAAACUUCGUUUCCCCGUGCGCAAACUUGCUGCGCUGGUGUAGAAUUUGUGACGCGCCAAAAUACUGCUCAUAAAUUCCAGCAAACAUCGACCUCUUUCACCCCUGAGGCGCCCGUCAGAAUAUCAGAAUGUAUCAAUAUCCUCCCCACCGCAAUCCAGAGCACGUGUGUGGGUUGUACUACGCUAUACCACUUAUUGGCUGCCAUGUACACAAGCACUUCCUUCCGCAGGUCAAGCUUGAAGCAAAAGCUACGAUUCUCGCCACCACCUCCCAAACAGUGCUCACGCAGACCUUUGUCAACCCUUCACAUGAAAAAGGCAUUAGAGAGUGCCGCUAUACGUUCCCGCUCUAUGAUGGCGUCAGCGUAGUAGGCUUUACGUGCCAUGUUGGUGAUCGAAAAAUAGUUGGUCUAGUGAAAGAGAGGGAGAAAGCAAGGACUGACUUCAAUGAAGCAGUCGCAAGAGGCGAAACGGCCGGCUUACUUGAGCAGCUGCCAGAGGCUUCAGAUGUCUUCUCCACCACUGUUGGGAACAUUCCGCCUGGUGCAAAGGUUGUCAUUACCAUAACAUACCUGGGCGAGCUGAAGCACGACAUGGAGAUUGACGGCAUCAGGUUCACAAUUCCUAACAUCAUAUGCCCGAGAUACGGUGACUACCCUGGCAAUCUGCAGAGAAGCUCAGCUACGGAUGCAAUGGGCCACAGUAUCUCCAUCACUGUUGACGCCGAGAUGGCAGAUGGAUCUUUUAUCCAGAAGAUACAAUCUCCGACGCAUCCGAUUGCGGUGACAAUGGGCACUAAUUCCAUUGCACCCAAUGCCGAUCCUACAAUGACAAAGGCAUCAGCGACCCUUACCCUUGGCACCGCCGGGUUGGAGACAGAUUUUGUCUUGCAGGUCAUUGCCAAAAACACAGGUGUACCAAAAGCCAUUCUGGAGAAUCACCCAAGGAUUGCAAACCACAGAGCUCUAAUGGCAACGCUUGUGCCAAAAUUCGCACUGCCGCCUGAGAAACCUGAAAUCGUGUUCGUAUGCGAUCGCAGUGGAAGCAUGGGUGGCACCAGGAUUGAGCUUGCCAAACAAGCACUCAAGGUUUUCCUCAAGUCGCUUCCCAUUGGCGUCAAGUUCAACAUAUGUUCAUUUGGCUGGCAGCACUCCUUCCUUUGGCCCCAAAGCGUCGCCUACAGCCAGCAAACACUAGACGAGGCAAUGUAUCACGCAGACAGUUUCGCAGCGAAUUACGGCGGUACUGAGAUGUUGGAGCCACUAAAGGCUACAAUUGAGCAGCGAUACAAGGAUAUGCCCCUUGACAUCAUGUUGCUCACGGAUGGUGAGGAUUGGAGACAACAAAACCUAUUCUCCUACCUCAACAAGACCAUCAUCGAGACCAAAGCUCCAAUCCGAGUAUUCACACUGGGCAUUGGGAACGGCGUCUCUCAUGCUGCAAUUGAAGGCAUAGCCAGGGCAGGAAACGGCUUUUCGCAGGCAGUCGGUGAAGGCGAAGUGAUGAAUACCAAAGUAGUCCGAAUGCUAAAGGGAGCGUUGUCCCCACAUGUCAACGACUACACGCUCGAAGUCAAGUGUAACAACGACGAAAUCUCGGCACAUCUUGACGUUGAGGCCGAGGAUGAUUUCGAAAUUAUCGAAAGGGCUUGUGACAGCCUGAAAGUCAAGCUGGAUUUCAGCAACGAGGAUGAUGAGAAGGAGCAGACUAAAAAACCCAUCUCCCUAUUCGACCCACUCGCGGAUCCAGAUGAAGAGGCGGAACCAGCCCAUGACGAGACUGGCGAGAACCGAUAUGCACAUCUCCCGAAACUGGCCGUUCCAAACAUGAUCCAAGCACCACAAAACAUACCUUCGCUCUUCGCUUUCCACCGCACCACAGUAUACCUUCUUCUCGGUCCAGGUGCCCCCCAAGGAACACCCACAUCAGUCAUUCUCCGGGGCACCAGCGCCCAUGGGCCACUCGAGCUCGAGAUACCCAUCCAGAUGCUCGACAAACCCGGCGAAACGAUCCACCAGCUCGCGGCGAAAAAAGCCAUUUCGGAGCUAGAACAAGGCCGCGGCUGGCUGGCAGAAGCAAAAGACGAAUCAGAAACACUGAUAAAGACCAAAUUUGAAGGCCGCUACCAAGACAUGGUCGAGCGCGAAGCAGUCCGCCUCGGCGUGCAGUUCCAGGUCGGAGGCAAAUGGAGCUCGUUUGUGGCUGUGGAGACCAGCCCGAAAGAAGCCGGGGCAGAACAGAAGAACGCUCAGAACUGGGAGUGCCUGGAAGACGAGAUGGAAGAGAUAGUCCCGAUCCAGCAACCGAUGAUUGCUCCGAAUCCUCCUGGCUUCAACCAUAAUUCUGGUAUCGCUUCUCAUCCGGGCUAUGGGGCUGCUCCUCCUCCCACUCCAGCAAACCAGGCUAAACCGUUUUCGGCCAUUGGCUCUUCUGGUACUAUGCUGUUUGGCAGUUCCAGACCGAGUUCUGGAGGCGGUGUUGCGUUUGGACAGUCGAAUCAAAGUAGUGGUGGUAGCCUUUUCGGAGCUUCCAACACAAAAAGCGGCAAUCUUUUCGGGACAGCGAAUACCGGCGGCAACAACCUUUUCGCCGCUCCUCCUCCUCCUCGAAGUACAGCUACAUCUUCUUUUGGGGCUUCCAACUCCACCGGCGGCGGUCUCUUUGGAAGUUCUACUCCCAGUAACAGUGGUGGUAGUCUUUUCGGCGCCUCGAAUGCAAACAGCAGUGUCUCCUUUGGCAACACGAAUUCAAGCGGCAGCAGUCUUUUCGGAGCUGUUGCUGCACAAAGCAGUGCUUCUUCUGGGGCUGCACCCUCAACCCAAGAUUGGGUAUUUCCCAGUCUCGGCCCAACGAACAGUGGAGGUCUUUUCGGGGCGCCGGCCCAGCAGCAAAGUCACAACGGAACAUCCCUUUUCGCUGCCAACCAGCCCAGCCAUCCUGUCUUUGGCGCCGCAGCGCCUUCCACGCAGGACAAGAGCCCGCUCGAGAGAUAUCAAACGGGGCUCAUGCGGCUGGAGCAGCAGAACAAGAAACGCAAUCUACUCGCACGACAAGAGUAUAAUGACGCGCAGGCAAUCCAGGAUCAUCCGGCAGCACCACCGGCGGGAAGAGCCAAGAUCGUAGAGAUAGAAUUGGACUUUGCACCGGGACCAACAGGGGCACAAAAUAGUGCCUUGUUCGGCUCGGCCACGCCGUCCAGCAACAACAACAACAACAACAACAAUAAUAAUACUAAUAAUAAUAACAGCAGCAGCAGCACCAGCACAGCCAGCGGCCCUCUAUCCGGCGAAACACUGCUCCACCACCUGAUUGCGCUGCAGUCCUUCUCCGGCUCAUGGUCCCUCACACCCGACCUCCUGCGUGUGCUUGGCGUGUCGUCGGUCCGCGUGCAAGCAGAGAUAGACAACAACCCCAACAACCCCAACCCCAACCCCCCAUGCAACAGCAGCAACUCGGGCUCGGGCUCCGAGGACAACGACGCAGCUAAACUAGAUGAGACGGUGUUUGCGACCGCGCUGGUCAUAGCGGUUUUCCAAGACCGCCUUGCGGCAUCCAAGGGCAGCUGGGAGCUAGUGGUUGACAAGGCGCGGAGCUGGCUGCACGCCCAGCUUGGAGGACACGACCACGACCACGACCACGACGAUGCAGUGGAAAAGUGUUUGAAGCGUGCGCGCAACGUUUCGAACUAAUGUAUAUAAUUGUAGUAGGGCCUGGGCACAUACACACAUACAUUACAAACCGUGUUUUAUUGCUGCUGCUGCUGCGAACGCCAAAAGAACGCGUGGGUGCAAAAAGACUUUGUAGGGACCUGUUUGUGCAAGCGUGUGAUACGCAGAUCAAACCCGUGGGGGUAGUUUGGAGGUUGUAUGGCCGUGUGUGUGUCUGUAUGUAUAUGUGUGUUCAUCAAACAUUGAGGCAGGGUUAU